GGUUAGUGGGAAUUUUGUGGAAUGUUUAGAUAGAGCUGGCCUAGUGUAGCUAGUCCACCCUGUUUACAGUUGUGUAGGUGCUAGCCAAAUUAGUGAUCGGCCCGGACGUUGCAAUGGAUUUAUAAGGUCGGCAAAUAGUGGACCAAACAUCGUUUUCUGUGCAUGGACGGAAACCCAAUGCGCAGGGCUACCAGCGCACGCCAAGACAACACCGGAAUGGACAUCACUAGCCGCUGUACCCUGGGAGACCCCAACAAGCUUCCGGAGGGGGUUCCCCAGCCUGCUCGGAUGCCUUACGUGUCCGACAAGCACCCCAGACAGACGCUGGAGGUCAUCAACCUGCUUCGCAAGCACAGGGAGCUCUGCGACGUGGUGCUGGUGGUGGGCGCCAAAAAGAUCUACGCCCACCGGGUCAUUCUGUCGGCCUGCAGCCCCUACUUCAGGGCCAUGUUCACGGGUGAGCUGGCAGAGAGCCGGCAGACUGAGGUGGUGAUCAGGGACAUUGACGAGAGAGCCAUGGAGCUGCUGAUCGACUUCGCGUACACCUCGCAGGUGACUGUGGAGGAGGGGAACGUCCAGACUCUGCUGCCUGCUGCCUGCCUCCUGCAGCUGGCUGAGAUCCAAGAGGCGUGCUGCGAGUUCCUCAAGAGGCAGCUGGACCCCUCCAACUGCCUGGGCAUCAGGGCCUUCGCUGACACGCACUCCUGCAGGGAGCUGCUGAGGAUAGCCGACAAGUUUACCCAGCAUAACUUCCAAGAGGUUAUGGAGAGUGAAGAGUUCAUGUUGCUCCCUGCCAACCAACUAAUAGACAUCAUCUCCAGUGACGAGCUGAACGUUCGUAGUGAGGAGCAGGUGUUCAACGCCGUCAUGGCCUGGGUCAAGUACAGCAUUCAGGAGAGACGACCCCAGCUGCCCCAGGUCUUGCAGCAUGUGCGCCUCCCCCUCCUGAGCCCCAAGUUCCUGGUGGGGACUGUGGGGUCGGAUCCGCUCAUCAAGAGUGACGAGGAGUGCAGGGACCUGGUGGAUGAAGCCAAGAACUACCUCCUCCUGCCCCAGGAGAGGCCUCUGAUGCAGGGCCCCAGAACCAGGCCGAGGAAGCCCAUCCGCUGUGGAGAGGUGCUGUUUGCAGUUGGGGGCUGGUGUAGCGGUGAUGCCAUCUCCAGCGUCGAGCGUUACGACCCCCAGACCAACGAGUGGCGCAUGGUGGCGUCCAUGAGCAAGCGGCGCUGUGGCGUCGGGGUCAGCGUGCUGGACGACCUGCUGUACGCCGUGGGCGGCCACGAUGGCUCCUCCUACCUCAACAGUGUGGAGAGAUACGACCCCAAGACCAACCAGUGGAGCAGCGACGUGGCUCCAACGAGCACGUGCAGGACCAGUGUGGGCGUGGCCGUCCUGGGGGGCUACCUGUACGCCGUGGGAGGGCAGGACGGAGUCUCCUGUCUCAACAUCGUCGAGAGAUACGACCCGAAGGAGAACAAGUGGACGCGCGUGGCCUCCAUGAGCACCAGGAGGCUGGGGGUGGCUGUGGCUGUGCUGGGGGGCUUCCUGUACGCUGUGGGGGGCUCUGACGGAACCUCCCCGCUCAACACAGUGGAGAGGUACAACCCCCAGGAGAACCGCUGGCACACGGUGUCCCCCAUGGGCACGCGCAGGAAGCACCUGGGCUGUGCCGUGUACCAGGACAUGAUCUACUCUGUGGGCGGCCGCGACGACACCACGGAGCUCAGCAGCGCCGAGCGCUACAACCCCAGGACCAACCAGUGGUCUCCUGUCGUCGCCAUGACGUCCAGGCGCAGCGGGGUUGGACUGGCAGUGGUAAACGGACAGUUGAUGGCAGUUGGAGGGUUCGACGGCACAACGUAUCUCAAAACCAUAGAGGUGUAUGACCCUGAUGCUAACACGUGGAGGCUCUAUGGAGGCAUGAACUACAGGCGACUGGGCGGAGGGGUGGGGGUUAUCAAAAUGACUCAUUGUGAAUCUCACAUCUGGUAACGUACCUCCAGGAUCACAGCGUCUUCGUCACUCGUGCCUCCUAAAGAGACGUUCUCGUGCCGAGAUGAAGGGAAAGGGAGGACGAUGGCUUCUCUCACUCACAGCCAGUCAGUUGGCAUGCCAAGGAAAUGUCUUUCGGUCACUUCACUACCGGUGUACUUUUUACUGUUCUGCCAUUGGUCCAUUGCUGUGUCACCAGUAGAUCACAUGGCAGAGAAUCCACCUAUCACGUGUGAAGAAGGAUUUUUUUUUCUUUUUUUUCUUUGAAUCAUCCCCGAAGCAAAUAUUCCACAUCCCCAUCUUCUGUGUGACUGAGAGGGCACUGUGCCUCUGCAUUUAAGAAUAACAGUCGAGAUUUUAGGUGAUGUCGACUUCUCAUCAACUCUGGCCAUUGACCGGAUGUUUCCAUGCAGAUACUCUAUGGGGCUUGAAGACAGCCUCUCCAGGUGCACUAAGCUGAUGGGGUCACUACUUGUGCUGGUCCUCAUAAGUAGGUCAUGUGGGGAAUGUUAGAAUCUCCUCUAAAUUGAAUGCACUGUGAUUAUUAUUUUGUAUUUUUUUUGAGUGUUGCUGUUUUUAGAGUGUGACACUGAGAAUUAUCUGGGGCCCUGCAUUUUUUUUCUGGGAGGGGAGAGAAUCUGGUCCAAAAAAAGCUGUCGUUUUCACAAAUGUUACAACAAUUGAAUAGUUGAUGAUAAAACAUUCAUACUAUGGUGAGUCCCCAA